GCGAACGCCUUCGCUGAUUCUUCAACAUGAGUGCGCUCUACGCGGAAGCGGCGGGCGUCCUGGAAGGUCUGUUUCGGCGCAGUGGAGGGCUCAAGACAUUGACGUACGCAGACAAGAUCAAAUCUAAACGCAACUGCUUUGCGCUGGUGUGCCAAACGUUGCGCUACAAGCCACUAUUGGACGACUUGAUCGAAGCUGUCCCAGAACUAGCCAAGCUCCUGAAAAAGACCGUCAAAGCUAGCAAGUCAGAUAAUGCAAACCCUUCAAAGAAGGGGAAGCAGCCCACCGCGACUUCGCACCAAGCGCUCUUUUACCUUGCCAUCUACGAUCUUCUAUUUGGCAAGGACAAGAAGAUCCAAGGCGGUGGGUUCGUCAAGAAGACCGUGUUGCUCCAUGCAAAUGCGUUGAAAGCCGCCGUCGUGCGCAUGAAAAUCAAGGCCAAAGUGAAAACAGACGAGGAUCUGCUUCCCGAAGAGAACCGGAUGACUCCCAAACUGCCGAGAUAUGCGCGCAUCAAUACACUCCGCGCCACCGACAUCAGAGACACGGCGGAUCUCCCUGCCGUCACCUCGUCGCUCGGAUUGCCGACCGACGUGUCAGUAUCUCUGGAUCCCCAUGUGCGCGACAUCCUGAUGUUUCCUCCUGGCACGGAACUUCAUACGCACGACAGUGUCACGGCCGGGAAGCUUAUCCUCCAGGACAAAGCGAGUUGCUUCCCCGCGUAUGUUCUCCAUGGCGAGCGCGGCGCAAACGAUUUUGGCGACGUGAUCGAUGCGUGCGCCGCACCAGGCAACAAGACCAGCCACGCCGCGAUGCUCGUGGCUCGUAAAACAACCGCGCCUCGUCCGAUCCGCGUAUUUGCCUUCGAUCGUUCCAGCACCCGCCUUGAUCUCCUCAAGAAGCGAAUGGUUGCGGCUGGCGCAGACAGCAUUGUCGAGCCGUGUCUUUCUAGCUUCCUGGACGUAAAUGUGCAUGACGAGCGGUACCAGAACGUGCGCAGUAUUUUGUUGGACCCGUCGUGUUCCGGGUCUGGCAUGUCGAAUCGCCUGGACCACUUGCUCGAGUUGACAGCGAUGCAGCAAGACGACAUGGAGCAGGAUAACGUCGAGCCAGGCGGGGCGGCGGCGAAUGAUACAGCCGCGCGGCUGCAGGCGCUCGCGGACUUUCAGCUGGAAGCGUUAGUCAAAGCUUUCUCGUUUCCACAAGUCAACCGUGUGUCGUAUUCGACGUGCUCGAUCUUUGAAACGGAAAACGAACACGUGGUCGUAGCCGCACUGAAGGCGAACCCGGCGUUCCAACUGGUCAAGUGCUUGCCGUCGUGGCCGCGACGAGGUAUUGUCGUGCCUGGCUUAACGCCAACGCAAGCCGACUGUUUGGUGCGCGCAAAUGGACUUGAAGACGGAACCAACGGAUUCUUUGUCGCGUACUUUGAGCGAAUAGCUGCCGCCGACGACGCAGGGGGUGCGACGGGUGCGAAGCGCCCGCUGGGGGAAAAGACACAGGCGCAGAAGGACCGGAAGAAGCGAAAGCGCCAGCGGAAGAGCGAAAAGGUUGCUGGAGCGAUGGCAAGUGCUCAGGACGAACAUGAAGACGUCCAGUAGCUCAAGCAUGACUAGAAAUAUCGAUGAGAAUGCAUCCAUGUUGUUUGAACG